UACAGAAGAUCCAGACAAAUGCUACCUGAAAAAAUCUUUUUCUUUGCAAUAUUUUUCUGUUCUAUCUGCAAAGUCGCAGUAAAUCUUCAGCUUGAGGGUCUAUCAACGAAAAAACCAAGAAUAACCAAGUACACCACUAAAUCUUCACAAAAUGUGACUCCCUCUCCAGCUACAACCUCUAUUUAUCGGGUUAAUGCAACAAAUGGAGCUACGUGCAUUCUAAUUAGGACUGAUGGACUUCUCAGUAUUCAGUAUAGGGACAGGCUGGGAGAGGACAAGGAGGCUGAUGUCUUCCUCCCGGACAAUGUGGACCUCAAGGGCGAAUGCUAUGAAGAUGAGUCAAGUAUCACAAUGGGCUUCAAGGGAUUCGUGCUUACGAUGAACUUUAAAAAAACACCCGGUGGUGAGCGAUGGUACAUCAAUAAUGUGGAUCUUGCAUACUCUUCUUCAAACCGCGUCUUUGAGCACGUAGAUCGCCCGAAUCUCAACGUGAAAUUGUCCACGCCACAGCAUAAUACCCUCCUCUUUCCAACGCCCGUAGGCAAGUCUUACAUUUGCGAUCAGGAACGCGUGAUUACGAUGUUCGCCCAGGAUGAGGAUGACCGAUCAGGGCACCUGGCAAAGCUCUACCUGCGUGAUUUGCGGAUGCAGAGCUUCAUGUACAAGAAGGCCAGCACCUGGGGACCACCCUUUCAGUGCAGUGCCACUGGAACCUACCGAGACGAAACUGCCCCCAUAGCAGUAGGAUCCACCCUGGCUAUUGUGGUGCUCUGCAUUAUCACGGGCUAUGGCCUAUGGCGGUAUUUCAAGGUGAAGAAGGUUCAGUACGGAACCAUGGAGUAAGCACUUGGCUUUCACUUUCAGAAUGAAGAGGGUAUUUCACACUUUCCUUUACCAUUCUAUUUGGUAUUAUUCCAAAAAAAAAAUACCAAAAGUUUUCCAGGAAAUCAGAGAUGGACGUCUUUUCAACUCAGUUACAUUUUCUUUUUAGGAUGUCUUUUAAAAUAUCUUUUUAAAAAAUACAAUAACAAUUUAUAGUUCAUUUCUUUUCAUGGAACGAUCAUUCACGUAUUACACAAAAAAUGUUUGUGUAAUUUUACGAUGAUUAAUUUACUUGUAUUUUGUUUAAAAAUAUUAAAAAAAUAUAUACGGGUAUAAAAAAAGUUCUUAUUAAGCGUUUACCAAAAAACAAAUAGGGGAAAAUGCGCUACCUUCGGACGACUCAAGCUUUGGACAACAUUUAGAUUAACA